ACCACAAUUAGCAAAGCAAACAGAAGUGAUAGAUCGUACAAUAAUCAACCUCAUCUCUGCUUCAUUUACGAUCAAUUAAUUUACCAGCGAAACUACUUAAAAUGGACCUUUAAUCAUUUUCAAAUCAUGACGUCCUAUCUAUAAUGGACCGUUAAUGAUAACGAUGGGAUGCGGUUUUACCGGUGUUUGCAAUCUAUCGCACUCUUUAAUUAAUACAUAAUCAUCCAGACUGAGUGAUCAUCGUAUGAACACACUACAGAUGGAAUGGUAAUGAUUGCGUAUGCAUAUUGGUCACUGGUAUAGGAUUUCACGUAUUUGUCGUUUCUAUAGGAUUUCACGUACUGCUCAUUAAGCCAUUGUAUGUCGCUUGUCAUCAUAUCAUCGAAGAUGGAAGCUAAGAUAGAAAAAGAGAAGGAAAAAUCUUCAGUCUCGUUCAGACAACUUUUGAGCGCAUAUAAAGGAGACUGUUCAGUGCACGGCGUAGGUCAUGUCGGCAGAGGAUCCUUCUUCCGCGGGCUGAUUUGGUUUGCUGCAGUAUGCACGUCUACUUCUUAUCUCCUCUAUCUCCUGUAUGAAGAAUGGACUGCCUAUUAUCAGUAUCCUUUUAUGACAUCUACUUCUGUACAGAAAGUGUCCACUAUGAAGUUUCCAGCAAUCACAUUUUGUAAUUUAAGCCCAUACAACAAAUCAGUGGUUGUUUCAGACCCGAGAGACGAGGAAUUCUAUAUGGCGAUCUCCAAGCUGGGCAUCUUUGUAGACGAUAUCAAUUGGACAGAUCCUUACUACCGCGAUAAUGGUUACUUUACGCCAAGAACGCGUGAUGAUGUUGCCACUGAAGCGCUGAAUAGACGAGCUGUCAUCAAAAGUAUCACAUUCGACAUGGGAGAUGUUGGCCAAGAUAUAGAGGAAACAGUGACACGAUAUGGCAUGUGUUACACAUGGAAUAGUAACGGGUCCGCCACCACGAGCUCUACUGGAAACAACUUUAAUUUCUAUGCACUCCUAAGUGUAAACAGCGAUCAAAGUUACCAAAGUAUUGAUUGUAGCACAGGGUUUAAGGUUACUGUACACGAUCCAAAUGAAGACCCGGCAAUAGAGAACAACGGCUUUCUCGUCCCUCCUGGAAAAUUCGCAUUAGCCAAACUAAAGAAAACUAGGUAUUCUUAUCUUGGUGAUCCCUUUAAGGCGUUUGGUGACGCUUCGUGCGUCGACACCCUGUCUUCAGAUUUCAAUAAUCCGUUCCAUCCAAAGCUUUACGACACCAGUGCCUGUAGACGAAAGUGUAAUACAGAUCAGACAUUCCAGCGCUGUGGGUGUAUGGCUAUGGGGUCAAACGGAAAUUACCCGAUCUGUUCUCAUUACCAAUAUUAUCAGUGCUACUACAACACAUCACGACCAAGUGAGAACAGUUUAUCACCCUGUGAUUGUCCACAGCCAUGCAGGCAGACGACGUACGAUAUUCAGGUGUCGUAUGCUACGUUCCCGACCGAGGAGACGGCUGAAUUUUUAAAAGGAAGGUUCAAUGUAACAAAAGAUUAUAUCCGACAAAAUUUUGUUGAACUCCAUAUAUACUUUGAUAACCUACAAGUCCACAGGGUGAAGCAAGAACCGGUAUAUGCAUCCACUAAAGACAUCUUGUCCAACAUCGGCGGCCAGAUGGGGCUGUUGCUGGGAGCCAGUCUGCUGUCACUACUCGAGAUUUCAGAAUUUCUGGUGAACUGUGCAAUUCAUCUAAUGUUCAAAUGUUAUGAUUGGUACAAUGGAAAACGGAGGAACAAAAUCAAACAGAAUUCAGAAAAGACAGGUCUCCAAAAUUAAACAGUCGCAGAUGACGGCUUUUCGCUUUCAUUUUCAGCUUACCUGAUCAGAGAUUGUUUGCUGUUGUAGUUAACUUUAGGACUUGCAUGAAAGUUACCAUCUAUACCUCAUCACCCUUGGCUAGCGAAGAUGCCAUCUAUACUGAAAAUUCUAGUUUGUACAAGUCAUGACCCCAGGGAUAGAAUGAGAGUCACAACUGGUGUUUAUCAACUUUAUAAAAGAAUCCUUAAAAUAUCUUCCCAACAACCACAAGACUCCAGUUUGUCAAAAUAACAUUCAUACAUCCUUGUGUUGUGUAGAUUUAGUUUGUUCAAAUCAAGACCGGGGCCAAGCGGGAAAACCUCGGAGUUGAGGCUGAGGAAUGAGUUGAGUGAUGUUGGUGACGGCGGGGCCAGAACAGAAUUGUUCUUAGUGAUGGAAGCUUGUUCCUGUUUAUGGCUGUAAAGUCUGACUGUGCAAUAAAGCAGUAGAGAAAUAUUCUUA